AUGAAUGUGAUUGGACAGUGUUAUAAUGACCUGUUUGAAAAGCAUGGCCCAGCACUAUUUUCAGCUCCACAGGUCAGGCAGGCUGAGUUAGGAUGGAGAGACGCCUUUUCACAGUGUCACCGGGCAGAUGGUUCCCCAUUUCCUGGAUUCAUUGGUUAUGUGAAAGUGCAGUCGUGCCAUCCUGUGCAGAUUCCAGCUGGCACCAUGAGGUUAGUACCAGCAUUGUGCCCUAAGAACAUUAAAAGUUGUACAGUGUGUUUUUUAGAACCCCAGGAUUUCAGUGAGGGGGGACUGCCUGCUGGAGUGUUAAUAUCACCUUCCUUAUUGCAAUGUAGACAAGGGGUAGUGCAUGUACCGGUAGUUAAUGUUGGUACAGAACCUUUAUAUUUGCCACCAAGAAUUAGACUGGGUAGUUUGGUUGGGGCUGAGGUGGUCAUAAGAUCAGAUCAAGACAUUGUGUUCAAGGAAGAUCUACCAUGUGACCCUAAUACUGUGACUGUUCAGUGUCAAGCUAUUACAUCAGUGUCAAACAUUGAGGUCCAAGGUUUAGAAUUGCCUGGGCUUACAGAGGCUGAGAAAGAGGAAGUGGUGAGAUUGCUAACAAGAUACUCUGACGUUUUUGCCAAGCAUGAUGGUGACCUGGGGUGCACAAAUUUAAUAGAACAUCAGAUUCCUUUAAUUGAUGAAACACCGGUGCGCCAGCGAUAUCGUAGAAUUCCUCCUAGUCAGUUUGAGGCAGUGAAGGCACACAUAAGACAAUUGUUGGACAGUCAAGUCAUUAGGGAGAGUUGUAGCCCAUAUGCCUCACCAAUUGUAUUGGUGCAGAAGAAGGAUGGCUCUCUGAGGAUGUGUGUCGACUAUCGCCAACUCAAUGUCAGAACUCGCAAGGAUGCCUAUCCCCUACCAAGGAUAGAGGAGUCACUGGAUGCCUUGACUGGAGCAAAGUGGUUUUCGACUUUAGACCUGGCUAGUGGAUAUAACCAGGUGCCAGUAGCUGACAACGACCGUGCUAAAACUGCCUUCUGCACCCCAUUUGGGCUCUUUGAAUUUAAUAGGAUGCCUUUUGGGUUGUGCAAUGCCCCAAGCACAUUUCAAAGGUUAAUGGAGCGAAUUUUUGGGGAUCAAAGUUUUCAGUCUUUAUUGCUCUAUUUGGAUGACGUGAUUGUCUUCUCAACCACCAUUGAGCAACAUCUUCAGCGACUUGAGCUGGUGUUGGAUCGUCUGAGACAACAGAACCUGAAGAUAAAACUCAGUAAAUGCUGCUUCUUUCAGCCAGAGGUACGUUAUUUGGGGCAUGUGGUCUCUUCUACAGGGGUCAGUACAGACCCAGAAAAGAUCUCAGCUGUAGCUAAAUGGAAUCGUCCGCAAAGCCUUCAAGAACUUCGAUCCUUCCUUGGCUUCGCUAGUUAUUAUCGGCGGUUUGUUAAAAACUUUUCACAUAUUGCGGGACCUUUGAACACAUUGGUGGCAGAAAUGAUUAGGGGACAGAAAAGUAAACGACCAAAGAUUAAUCUGGAGACCAGUUGGACCGACCCAUGUGAAAAUGCUUUUCAGACGCUUAAAACGGCUCUAAUAAAUGCUCCAGUCCUUGCCUAUGCUGAUUUCAGUAAGCCCUUCAUCUUGGAUGUUGAUGCAAGCCAUCAAGGUCUGGGCGCAGUCUUAUCUCAAGAACAUGGAGGCAAAUGCCGACCAGUCGCGUUUGCAAGUCGAGGUCUGCGACCAUCUGAACGCAACAUGCAGAAUUACAGUUCAAUGAAGUUGGAGUUUUUGGCUCUUAAAUGGGCCGUUUCCGAAAAAUUCCGAGAGUAUUUGCUGGGUCAGAAAUGCCUGGUGUUUACAGACAAUAAUCCACUCAGUCAUUUGCAGACAGCGAAAUUGGGAGCGUUGGAACAACGAUGGGCUAACCAGCUUGCAGACUUCGAUUUAGAGAUUAGGUAUAAGCCUGGACGUUCUCAUGUUAAUGCUGAUGCCUUGUCUCGGAAGAAUGUUGCAUCUGUAGCUGCAUUGGCUAUGACUACUGUUUUUCCAAAGGAACUGCAUCAGCAUGUUCAUGACGGUCAACGCGUAGUCGUAAGCGAAUCAAUUUCUGCCCUCCCCGAACAGCCUAGAGAAAAUCUUAGCGUUCUGCAAGCAACUGACCCCAUUAUUGGGCAAUUCCUUGUCUAUUGGGAUCGUCAAAGGCCACCAGAUGCACAGGAGAAGGGAUCAGAACCACCAGAAGUGCUGGAAUUGGUGAGACAGUGGGAGAAGUUGGUCAAGAUCGAGGGCAUACUGUAUCGGAGGUUCUGUCCCCAAGAGGAACAUCGUGAAAUUCGUCAGGUUGUGUUACCAGCUGUUCUCAGGGAAAGAGUCCUUAUUGGUUUGCAUGAUGACCAUGGUCACCAAGGAAUCGAGCGGACAGCAAGUUUAGUGAGAUCUCGAUGUUACUGGCCUGGUAUGUUCAAAUUCAUUGAGGAAUGGUGUAAGAAAUGUCAGCGCUGCACCCUGGCCAAGGUAGUACGACCAAAAGUACGAAGUUUUAUGGGGCACCUGAUGGCAGAGAGGCCAUUAGAUAUUCUGGCUAUUGAUUUCACGCUGCUCGAACCUGCAUCAAAUGGACUUGAAAAUGUAUUGGUGAUGACUGAUGUUUUUUCAAAGUUUACACAAGCCAUCCCAACUAGAGACCAAACGGCAUCAACAGUGGCACGUGUUUUAGUGGAACGUUGGUUCUACCUAUUCGGGGUCCCACGACAAAUUCAUUCGGAUCAAGGUCGGUGUUUUGAAAGUAGGCUGAUCCAAGAAUUAUGCCGGCUGUAUGGGAUUUCAAAAUCUCGUACCACGCCCUACCGACCGCAAGGGAACGGUCAAUGCGAACGUUUUAACAGAACCAUGCAUGAUUUGCUGCGUACUUUGCCUCCGGAGAAAAAAUGUCAUUGGCCAGACCAUCUUGCUCAGGUGGUAUAUGCUUACAAUACCACAGGUCACCAGUCUACUGGAUAUUCCCCUUAUGUCCUGAUGUUUGGACAGGAGCCCCAUUUACCUGUUGACUUUCUGUUGGGAUUAGAUAACUAUGUCCAGAGUGAAGUAGGCUGGGUGGUGGACCAUAGAGAUAAUUUGGAACAAAUAUUUAGUAAGGCCCGAGCCCGCCUUCAAUGUGCCACAGAACACCGUGCCCGAUCAAACGACCUUAAGGUGCGUCAUGGACAAUUAAGGGAAGGUCAAGUUGUGUAUCAGAGAGCCCAUAACAUAAAAGGCAGGAAUAAGAUCCAGGAUGCCUGGGAUCCAACCCCCUAUAAAGUGGUCCGGUGUCCCGACGGACAGGGAGCUGUGUAUGCUAUUGCCCCGGCAGAUGGAGGUGGUAAUAUUAGACACAUUCAUCGUUGUGAGUUGCGUCCUGCUUAUACUCCCUCAAACGAUCCUGGACUUCUAGAUCUAUUUGACCAUCAGGACACUUUAAGAGACGAAGGCAUGGUAGUUUUGUCUCUAAUCCCUGAGGAUGUAUCUGCCCAGGACCAAGUUAAUACGUCUCCACCUUUACAGGAAGAAAAUACCAACUUCUGCACUUCAGUAAAUCAUGCAGAGAACCAUCAGCCUCAACAACAGGAGGAAGCUGUAGUAAGGCGUACAAGGAGGACAACAGCUGGAUGUCAUCCUAACCCAUAUCGUCUACCUCGGUCAGCCCCUACUACCAAAGUCCAGAUUAAUGACCAGGUUGCUCUCCCUAUGAUGCGGCUGUCCAGCAAUGGUUUGAACGUAAUGUUUCGCCCCUGGUUGUAGUAUUGACGUAAUCGACGGGACGUCGAUUUUUUAAUCUGGGGGGUAGAUUGUAAUGGGACAAGGUUGGGGAACUACAAGUCCCAUCAGCCCCAGCGCUAUAUAAGGAAGUACUGAGGUUUGUUUGUCCUCUCACUUCCUUUCCGUGAUCGUGUGUUGUGGAUGUCGUGUGUGUUGUGGAGGCGGCACACUUAAAGCUUCAAAGAUUGAGCCCUUCAGAAGGAUAGUAGCAGAUAAGCAGCUAUGUUAACGUCAUGGAGAGCUGAGUACUUGUUGCACACCAUUUAGGAGUGUUUUUGCCGGAUUAUUGCCUGACUGAUUGUUGCCUGAGUGCCAGUCAGAAAUAUCGGAUGUUUGAGGGAUGCACGGUUACCGUUUACUUUAGAUUGAAUUUUCUUUGGUUUAUUUAUUAUUUUGUCUUAUGUUGGACCAAGUGGGAAAACCCCAGACCAUAAACUAAGUGUGAUGGUUCAAUGGUGCUGCUGACUUGUUUGUCCUACUGGCAUUACCCACGGUUAAUCUGUUUUUCUUUCCUUUUUGUAGAUUUCUUUUUUUCCAACGAUGGCUGCGUGGUUACCCUCACUGUAUGGAUGGCGGUGGUGAGGUGGCUGGGAUCGUGUGGUGUUGGUCACUUUAUUUGUAUUUUUGCCUUUAGGGAUGCAGUGUGAUUGCUGUGAGUUUUGCUGUGGUGAGAGCACUUUUCAGGACUACUGCCUUCACGAUAUAGGUAACCUGUGGCCAUCUGUGGGUUGUUGUUUUUGUUUCUUAUUUUUUUAUUUGUUAUUUUGUGGGUAUUUGCUUUUAAGGACUUAUUUUCUUUAACUGCUGAAUUAUUUGAAUAAAAAUGUGCCUAUUGAUGGAAACUGCA